AUGUUCCGCAUUUUACGCUCAAAGGCUGCAUAUAGAAUUGACCAAUGGUGCAUCUCCAACUCGAGUCCACGCCAAAACUCAAAUGCCUCGUGGCCGACAACAUUAUUUCAGAGUCUGCUCUUGAAUAUCAUUCUUUGUCUUUUCAUUGCAAGAGAGAAUGCUAGUACAGAUUUGAGUAUGCGAUGCCGAUUACCAGACGACAAAUACGGCCUUAUGGCUGCGCUUAUUCAAAGCUGUCGAAGAUGGGGUAUUUUCUACUACCCUAACAUGCUUCUGCAACACGAUGCCGAUGCACCACUCGCGCUUGUAUAUGAGCCGCUCUAUAAGGUGUGUCGAUUGUCCACUCCCACUUCCUUUAAUUUGAGCGGAGAAUGUUCCAAUGGCGGCAGAAACGAUCUUUUGACCCUGACCGACUUGUCCUUUUGCAUAACAGACAGUGAUGAGCUGUGGAAUGCUCCAUUGGGCGGUGAGUCCGAGGUCAUAAACAAGUCUGAUUCAUCCGCGGUCGAACGGAAUAAUGGAGAUGCGAAAAACUGA